AUGCCGCCGAGUCCGACAAGAGACCCGUUUACCGGGCCCCCGGCGACACACGCCUUUGUGCAGACGCACGCGACCACCGAGCUCCUUCCUCCCCCGUCCCCACGAACGCAUCGCGCCUUGCGCAAACUGCAGUCCGCGCACAAUCUUGGCUCCAAGGCUGCUCUCCAGCUGCAGCCCCUCUCGCAACCUUCCCUGAUCGCGCAGCAGCGAUUGACCCAACGCAGUAUCUCCCCUACGCGACGCGAUGCGAGUUCGUCCUCUGCCAUGAACCUGAACAGAUCACCGCAACGUGGACGAUCCAACAGCGAUGCGACGAGCCAACACCACUUGAACGCCCUAGCUGCCACCAAGCGCAGCAUGAUGGGUAUCAACCCGCGAUAUGUGAAUAUGUCGCUGAACCAACUUAUCAAGGACGGGCCGACAGAUGGUGACACCGUCGAGGCAUUGGGAAUGGCACGCCGCAAAGUCCUGAGCGAGGGUAUCAAGAGUGACAGUGACGGCAUGUCAACGUUGCGCAUCUAUGUUUGGCUCAUCCUCCUCGACACCCCCGUCCUCCCUACCGACGAUUAUCUCGCCCUCAUCCACCGCGGCGCGUCCCCAGCAUACUCCAAAAUCCGUAACGACACUUUCCGCACCCUCACCACCGAUCCUCUCUUCCGCAGACGCGUCAGCGAGGCGAGUCUUAUCCGUCUUCUCAACGCCGUUGCUUGGCGCCUGCACGAUUCCCGCGAGAUACAGCGCAGCCGCGACCGCGACAGGUCCCUUAGUCGACCCAGCACCGGACGCAGCUCUAUAUCACACGACAGCUCGACCUCGACGACCACCGCGCAUUCUACCAACCCCGCCUCGCCGUCUGCUAGAAACCGGGCUCGUGCCUUGACGCUGACAACCGAGGGUUCCGAGUCCAGCCACGCGGCCGAGCCAGGAACAUAUGUCCAGGGCAUGAACGUGUUGGCCGCGCCAUUUUUGUACGCUGCGCGCAGUGAGGCCGAGGCUUUCACUGCUUUCUACACGCUUCUCACGCGGGAGUGUCCAGGGUACAUUCGAGGCGCUAUGGACGGCGUGCACAAGGGCUUGGCUUUGGUGGACAAGGUCUUGGCGACUGUUGACUCCAAGUUGAGCGGAUAUCUUCAUUCCAAGGGCUUGACGGCUGAGAUCUAUGCCUUCCCCUCGGUUCUGACUUUAUGCGCCUGCACGCCGCCGUUGCCCGAAGUCUUGCGACUGUGGGACUUUUUGUUCGCCUACGGUCCUCACUUGAACAUUCUAUGCAUCGUGGCCCAGCUGAUGGGUAUGCGGGACCAAUUGAUGAGCUCGCCAAGCCCCAAUAAGCUACUGCGCUCAUUCCCAUCGCUUCAGGCGGAUAAGAUUAUCGAACGCACUCUCUGGAUCAUACAGAGAAUACCAGACGACACCUACGCCGCCAUUGUGUCGCACGCCCAGUAA